AUGAUGAAGUUACUGAGAGAACGUGACAGCAAAAUUGGUGAACUCUCUGAUAAACUUGAGGCGGUCUCUGCGGUAUUGAUAAAUAGUCAAAUAUUUCCAACAGAGAAUGAUGAUCUCUCAGAAACAACUUUAGACUUAUUCAAUGAUUUCCCAAUUAAAGACGAUGGUAUGCUGGCAAAUGUUGAAUCUAAGCUGGCCAAUGAAGAAACCUAUAAAAAACUGGUCCAUGAUCUUUCCAUGAUAGGAGGAAGAGACUAUAAAGAAUGUAGCAAACGAUUCCUUCGAAGAAUUAUAGAUGACAAAUUUGCGUGUGGAUAUAGUAUGCUGGGACGCAAGAAAAAGAGAGUGUUCAGGUCGACCAUGAUUUGUGCUUGCCUUCUAGAUUUCAGACACCAACAGUUUGCUAGAGACAAGAACGGCAGAUACAUGUGUCCCAGUUGUAUUUCCACCUACAAGCAAAAGGGCCACUUGGUUCGGCAUAUCAGAUACGAGUGUGGUAUCGACCCAAAGUUCACGUGUCACAUUUGCUUCAGGAAGUUCAAACACAAGUGCAAUCUCAAUUAUCAUCACAUCAUACUACACAAAGAACAACUUCUGCCAAAUGACAUUGGGAAGAAAAUAAAAUCUGAUGAUGUGAUCGAAUUGGAUAGUAGCUUCAAAUAA